CCUGAGCCUCCGGGCACCGCCGGCAGCGCGGGGACGAUGCCAGCAGCCCCCCGGCACUGCGGUCACCCUCGGCCGGGCGCGGGGGCCGCCGCAGCCGAGCCAUGGAUUCUUUCUGCUUCGUCUGCUUCCAGAAAGAGGAGCUUCAGCCUCUGCACCUGCACAGCGCAACCAUGAGCGCGGGCUCGAUUGAGCAGGAGCCGUCGCGCAAGCUGGGCUGCUGCGGGGUGCCCCUGAUCACCGAGGACAUGCAGUCCCUGGCCAUCCGCACCCUCUCGGGCACCGACAUCACCAAGCACUACGACCUCAUCCGCGAGCUCGGCAAGGGCACCUACGGCAAGGUGGACCUGGUGUCCCACAAAAGCACAGGCACCAAGAUGGCCCUCAAGUUCGUCAACAAGAGCAAGACGAAGCUGAAGAACUUCCUGCGGGAAUUCAGCAUCACCAACACGCUCUCCUCCAGCCCCUUCAUCAUCAAGGUCUUCGACGUGGUCUUCGAGACCGAGGACUGCUACGUGUUCGCUCAGGAGUACGCCCCCGGCGGGGACCUCUUCGACAUCAUCCCGCCUCAGGUGGGGCUCCCCGAGGAGCUGGUGAAGCGCUGCGUGCAGCAGCUGGGCCUGGCCCUCGACUACAUGCACAGCAAGAGCCUGGUGCACCGGGACAUCAAACCGGAGAACGUGCUGCUCUUCGACCGCGACUGCCGCCGCGUCAAGCUGGCGGAUUUCGGCAUGACGCGCAAGGUGGGCUGCCGGGUCAAGCGCAUCAGCGGCACCAUCCCCUACACGGCGCCCGAGGUGUGCCAGGCCGGCCGCGCCGAGGGCUUCGCCGUGGACACCAGCAUCGACGUCUGGGCUUUCGGGGUGCUCAUCUUCUGCGUUCUCACCGGCAACUUCCCCUGGGAGGCGGCCGUGGCGUCCGACGCCUUCUUCGAGGAGUUCGUGCGGUGGCAGAAGGGGCGGCUGGCGGGGCUGCCCUCGCAGUGGCGCCGCUUCACGGACAGCGCCCUGCGCAUGUUCCAGCGCCUGCUGGCCCUCGACCCCGAGAAGCGCUGCCCCGUCAAGGAGGUUUUCUACUUCAUCAAGUGCGACCUCAUGGCCGAGGUGCGGUGCCGGCCCUCGUACCGCUCCCGCAAGCACGCCAGGGACAAGCUCCCGGCCGGGCCGCACUGCCACGAGGCCGGCGGCUCCUGCACCCCCGCCCCGCUCAAGAGGACCGUCCUGACCGAGGGGAGCGGAGCGGCCCGCCCCGAGCCCGGCGCAGCCGCCCCGGGCCCGGCCAGCAGGACAGACGGACGGCAGGACAAGGGCAAGGGGCAGAUGGUCCUGGCCACAGCAAUAGAGAUCUGCGUGUGACGGCGGCGCCACCCGCCCGUCCCCCGCCCCGGGGACAGCGAUGGGGCAGCACGCCGUGGUGGCGGCACGAGCCGGGACCGGGC